UGCAGCAGCAGCGGCUCGGAAGAGCAGACCAGUUCGCUUUUAGUUUGAUAGCCCGAGUGAAUCGUUGUGAUCGAAAUGCAAAAUAACUAGAUCGACGUGAAAACGUGUGGAUAGAAAACAGCAGUGCAGCGCUGACCUGGAUGCGAGGUGUUAAAACUCCGUGCAAAUCCCAACACCCGUGCGAUCGUCCGUCUCUAAAGCCAAAGUUAAAAGUGUCGAUCGUUUCGUGCGUGCGUUUUCUCUUUCAUGAAAAGAAUGACGAUUAGGAUGUCCCUGCUUUAACAAGAGCAACACAAAAAAAUCACACGGAAGGAAUUGAUCUGCGAAUGCUCAAAGGGUGCAAUUGAACUCGACUAUAAGAAGCCAAAUACGAAAGAACAGUGAAUUAGUAAACAAUGUUCUGAACCGAACCGGGAUCGAUGGUGGAAGUGAGUGCGUGUGUGCGUGCAUGCGAGUGAUCGAGAACAUAAAAAAGAACAAUCGAAUCGAGCGUAUCGAAAGAUCGAAUUUCAAAGUGAAUAAUUAAGGGAGCGCCUGUUAAAAUGUCUCAGGGUGGAGGAAUGCGCUACUCGCAGUACGCAACUGGCGGUCAGCAACAGCAGCAGCAACAGCAGUCUGGCAAUGGAACUGGCAACAUUACCGGCAAGCCGUCCGGUACGGCGGCUCAGCAGCAACAGUCGGUGCCACCACACAUCCCAUCGUUGCCUUUCAUGCGGCCACCGAUGAUGGUGACAUCCUCCGGUGCUUCGAUGCUACCACCCCCGCCAUGUCCACAAACGCCACCCACCAAUGGUGGGAGCGGUCUGCCGAAGUACCCGGGUUCGCCCAUCGGCAGCCUCUCCGGGUCGGAUACGGACGUGUCCACCUCGAACGAGAACCUGUCGCGCGAGGAACGGUACGUCCUGAGUCACGCCCGGGUAGAGCCACAAGGCGAGGAGAAUCUGCAGGGAAGUGUCACGCCCGUGAAUGAAAUUCAAGGACGGUUCAUUGGUGAAAAAUUUUCAUCCAACACUUCCUCGGAUUCAACCCGCUAUGCUACACCAACCGGGGGUAGUAAUAGCAGCCGGAGCAUAUCGGAAUCUCGAACUGGCGGCAUAAUGAUGUACGCCAACGUUGGCACUGGUGGUGGUGGUGGUGGUGGAGGAGGAACAUCCGGUCCCGACAGUGUGCCCUCGAACCGUAGCUCGAUGGUGGGCACCGGAUCCAAUCGGAACUCGCUGAAGGAACCGAACUCGAACCGCUCGUCGAUGGACGUCUCGCAGUCGUCGUACAACACGCUUAUCAUCCACGACGAUAUCAUCUACGGCUCGGUGGCUUCGUCCGGGCGAGAGUAUGCCUCCAGUCCGCCACCGUACAUGAUGAAGAAGGAACGACCGCGAUCGUACGGUGAAUCGGCCGUCACCGUACCGCAGGUCACGCCAAUGCAGGACCUCACGGAAAUCACCGAGGAGUACAUCAACCAGAGCCACGUGCUGAAACAUCUGGCAAAGGAGGUGAAGCUGUCCCGUGGACCCGGCGGGGCCACCCGUGGGCACGAAUCGCAUGCACGAGACUCUGGAGUCCUAUCCGAGGUCAAUCCGAGGCACGGAAGUCGCCAACAGUCGACCGCCUCGACGGCAUCGACGGAGCGUGCGGAGGACGACGUGAAGGUUGCCCAGAAGGGCCAGAAAAGUGCCAGUCGCAGGGGCAGUGAGGGUGGCGGAGCACCGGGAGCCGGCGGAAAUGGGAAGCUGAAGAGCAAAAGUCAACCAGAUCUGACCCGCCUGUACGACAUCGACCCGGAGGAGGUGGAAGCGAUUGUGAAAGAAAAUCAUCUGCUCAAGCAGCAGCUGAACAGUUGCUACCUGAAGGUUGCCAAAAGUCAAAAGUUGGAACAGGAAAUAGCAAAUAUUUAUCGGGUGCACGAGGAGCUGGUUCAGUCGUGCGAUCGACGCGAGCGUUUGGAACGCGCGGCGCGAACACGCCUCCAGCAAGACUGCCGCCGUCUGCAAGAGCUGAAUCGUGCCUUCCGAGACCAGGUCGAGGUGUACCAGAGCCAGCUGCACGCCUCGUCCGACCACCAGCUCGGGAGGACGCAGCAGGAUGUUCUUAUCUCGCAACUAGUAAAUCAAAAUAAAUCGCUGGUCGAUGCAAACCGACGGCAGUGUAUCGAACUACAGGCACAAAACGCCACCCUAGAGGAGCAACGCAUCCACAUCAACGUGCUGGAUACCGCGCUCAAACGUCUCGAGGAAGAGUGCCGCCAGAAGCAGGUGUACGUAGAGCGCUGUGCCCAGCUGCAGCACGCCCUGCAGUCACUGCAGAAUGCGAGCGAGCGGCGCGAGCAGGCGGAACGAAAGCUUCGCAUCGACUACGACAACGAUCUGCCGAAUCGGAGCGGCAGCAGCACCAACAGCGAAACCGAUAAUCUCAAGUGGCAGCUGCGGGAAAAGGACGCUCAAAUUCUACGCUUGGAGUCGGAGUGUGCCAAACUGGAGCAGCGCAACUUGGAGGAGUCGAAUGUGCGCAACGUUGCUAAGCUCGCCAUGGAGCGUAACUCGCAGGAAACGGAGCGCAUACUGGCGGAGGCCAAGCAGGAAAAAAUCCGCUACCUGGAUGAAGCACACGCUGCCAAUCGGAAGGUGACGGAGCUGCAGACGCGCCUCAAGCUGGUCGAGAAUAGGCUCGCAGAAAAGGACGCUAUGAUACGGGCGUAUCAGGGACAGAAAAUUUACGGUGGCUCGACAAACUCCUACGGAUCGUACAACCUAUCGACGGAUAGUUUCGCACUGAAUCCACUGGGAGCCUACAACUCGCAGACAUCGUACGUGGAUGUAUCGAGCAACUCGUUCGACGUGACCAGCAACGCGACCGGCUCGCUGCUUGAUCCGUCCGUCCACGUCGUUGGGCCGUACGGGGCGGCCGCAGCAGCGGCAGCGGCAGCUGUCUCGAGCUACGCGUCCACCUACGGCCAAACGUCCAAUCCGCCGUCCUCGUUCGUACAGAGCUCGCUCAAUCUGCCCGGCGGCGGUGCCGGCGGUUCUGGCGGUGGCCCUACGGCCUACUCAUCGCCGAGCAGCAGUAGCACAUCGAACUACAGCAGCGCCAACUUCGGCACCGGUGGCCUGGUGGGAACUGGCAGCGAGCACACCAUCUACGACAGCAAGAACUACGACGCACAGCGAAAAUCGAUCGACGAUCAACUGAAGCAGCUGGACGAGCAGCUGCUCAGCAAGCGAGGUCUCUGUUGCUUUCCGAGUCUAACUACGAAGAAACCGAUCCAGUCGCUGCUUGCCGACGAAGUGUCCGUCCUGUCGGCGAAUAACAGUGAAACGUUCCUACAGAACCUUGCCCACAUUGGUUCUGAUCGACGCUCGGAGCAACCGUCGGAGCGGGAACCGUCGGGUGCCGGAAACCAGAAGGCGGAAGAUAUGGUGCUGCUGGAAAAGCAGGGUCGAUGCUCGCAAAAGCUACGCGGGGGAAGUGGUUCGUCUAGUACGACACUCGGCAAUCUAGCGCACGUUUCGCAGGCCGUGGGACAAAACAUGACCGACAUUAGUAACAUUGGUGUAACCGGCGGAGGGGUAGGUGUAUCAGGUGCAUCCGGCGGAGGUGGUAGCACGGGUGGGGGAUCCAAGGUGCGUUACUUUGUUGAUGCAAUCUUAAACAGCUUCUCACAACGUGUCGACCACCGAGGCUCUUCGUUGCCUCCGAGUGCGUUACCACGGCCUCCGCGCAGUCUCAAACCGCCACGGAAGAUCGAGUACGGCCGGCUGAGCGAUGGAGGCGAAUCGGUGGGCAUGGGGAAGAAAACACGCGCCGUCACUCCGCCCUCGCCGGCUUCGUCGUCCGGGUCCGCAGGCCAGAAGGAUGCGUACGGUGGAAGUCUCAAGCGCUCGGUCGUCGGAGGAAGAGAGUUUUCCCCCGCCAAGGGUGGGAACUAUGUCGAGAUGAAGGACACGAUGCAGCUAACGAAGGACUACGGUGGUGGUGGUGGUGGUACGUUGAAGCAUAAAACGUACGGCUCCAUGACGACCGUUGGUGUGGGAUCUGCCGCAACGCAGCACGGAGGAAGUAAGUUCGGCUUUGGGACGUCCAGCAAAUCCAGCUCACCGUCGGUCGGCGGAACCGCCGGAUCUUCGGGCGAUUAUCCGUCGACCAAAAACUACCAACGGCUGGAGGAGGCGAGCCCGGCACAUCGGCACAACAACAGCUCACCGCAGUCGUCACAGUCGCGUAAAAGUUCGGCCGACUCGGGCACGCUCAAGCGGUCGCUUUUGCCUAACGUUGGCCGUAAGCUGCCCUCGUCGGGGAUGAACGUUGCAAAAGGUGGCGGAGGGUCGCGUGACUCUCUCAAUUCCGCCUCGUCCGGAUCGAACAACUCCAACCCCGGUCCACCGGGUGGCGCUGCCACCGCACUUUCCCGUUCCAGUCCGCAGCCACCGACACACGCCUCAAACUCCGCCUAUCACCAUCAGCCGCACAAUAUUAACCGCACGCCACCCCGAUUCCUCCAUCAGCACCAACCGUCGGGUUCGGUAGAGUCGAAUAAAUCGCACCCCACCACCUACGCCUCCAUGCCACCGGGGACGCAGCAGAUACACCACGGAUUCUUUGCCAAGUUUCCCACGUCGCAGUCGGCUUCACCGGCACGAACCGUACCGCAGCAUCAACCGAAAAACUCCUCUUCACUGCCUAGCUCCAGUAUUCUGCAUGCUGCCGCUACCUCUUCUGCCACGUCCGCCAUCGGCCAGUCGUCGACGGCUUCGCUGCCACCAAAACCGUCCAUGCUGGACAAAUCGUCAACCCUGCUGUUGGGCGGCAACCAGCAACGCCGUGGCAGCAGUUUGGCUCGCAACGAGAACAAGUACCGCAUACAGUUCUAGCACCGCACGUCACCUCUUGUACCGCAAACGAAACACCGGAGUUUCCCCUCCAGAGAAACGGAAGACAGUAUUUGCGACUAAACAUCGUAGGUCAAUUAGAACCGAAAGCGAUGUACAAUCAAACGAGAAUCGGUUAAAGAAAACACAGAUGUAUAGACAGCGAAUUUGUUGCACCAUAG